AUGCUAGAGCUGGACUUUCCGCAGACGAAAGAGAGGAUCAACGGGAACAACAACGCCGAAGGAGCCGAGCGUCAGCAAAGGAGCAGUAUCUACAAAACAUCAAAUACGGACCAACUGAAUGCUGCAUAUGCUGUGGAGGGACUUGGUUUAUAUCUCAGGCUGAAUCUUCACGACAGUCUCAACGAAACAUGGAUGCUAGAGCUGGACUUUCCGCAGACGAAAGAGAGGAUCAACGGGAACAACAACGCCGAAGGAGCCGAGCGUCAGCAAAGGAGCAGUAUCUACAAAACAUCAAAUACGGACCAACUGAAUGCUGCAUAUGCUGUGGAGGGACUUGGUUUAUAUCUCAGACCAGGACUGUCGCUACGAGGACAUAGAGAUGAUGGCACACUGGCGCUGGAAAUUCCAAAAGAUAAUGACGGAAAUUUCAGGGCACUUCUGCGUUUUUCGGUGGAUAGUGGAGAUCUGGCACUACAAGAAAAUUUAAAGGUGGCUGGUGGUAAUGCAACAUACUUGAGCCAUAGAAUGCAGAACGAGAUCUUUGAUGCUGGAGCGGAAAUCAUCACUAGAGAGUUGGUGAGAAGGAUCAAUGAGACGAAGUGUUUCACUGUAACCGCAGAUGAAACGUCUGAUGUAAGUGGAAUCGAACAAUUUACGGUUGGAGCAAGGUUCGUUCAGGAAAUCGAAGGGAGACACGCGAUCCGAGAAGACUUCUUGUGCUUUAUUCCUGUAGAGGACAUGACUGGCGCCGGGCUUGCAAAUUUGCUGCUUAAAACUUUGCAAAAACUUGGAGUUGACACUCACUUCAUGAAAGGGCAAGGUUAUGAUGGAGCUCGAGCAAUGAGUGGACAGUUGAAAGGCUGUGCAGCCAUUGUAAAGAAGACAUGUCCAGAUGCUCUUUAUCUUCAUUGUGCCAAUCACAACCUUAACCUGGCCAUUACCCAUGCGUGCGACAUUGCACCAAUUCGGAACUGCAUUGGAACAGUUAAGCAAGUUGUGAACUUCUUUCGUUUGUCGAGCAAAGCUGGAAAUUUAUUGAAAAAACAUAUCCUGGCAGAAAAUCCUAGUGCCAAGCAGACACGUCUGCUAAAAUUUUGGGAAACGCGUUGGGUCGAACAUCUUGCUUCUCUAGGAUUGUUCUAUGAAGCACUGGAAUUCAUUUGUUUGACGCUCGAAGAUUUAAAUGAGCUGAGAUCAAAAACAGAUGGAGUACAGCCGAAUAGCUUGCUUGCUUCCAUCCAAACAUCGCAAUUCAUUGUUGCGUUGGUUGUUAUGGUACCAGUAUUCAGCUUGACGAAGAACCUGAGCCAGAAUUUGCAAAAAGAAGAAUGCGAUUUGAGUGACUGCGUCCAAUAUGCGAACAAUGUUCACGAAGAACUAAAGAAGAUGCGCGCCAGGGCCGACGAAAAAUUUGCAGAAAUAUUCCAGUCAGCAAAUCAAAUUGCUGGGAAGAUGGGUAUAGACCUAACUGUUCCUCGGCAAGUAGGACGUCAAUAUAAUCGUGACAAUUAUUUUGGGAGUCCUGAAGAGUACUAUCGACGGUCAAUUUUUAUCCCAUUUUUGGAUAACUAUCUGGAAGAACUUGACUUGAGAUUUCUCGAACAUCGAGCACUAUUGUCAAUGAUACAGAAUAUCAUCCCAGCCAAAUGCGCAGAGCUCGAUGAAGAGGCAAUAAAAAAAACUGUUAAUUUUUUUGAAGAAAAAUGGCCGAACGACAUCACUGGGUCUGUGGAGGAGUUGCAAGUAGACAUCAAGCUUUGGAAAAGGUUCUGUUCAAACAUUCCAGAAAAAAAACGCCCAAAAUCAUUUAUUGAAGCUCUGGACGUUUGCAAUAAAAGAUUAAACACCCAAAUAUACAGGCUUCUUCAAAUUUGUGGGACACUACCGGUCACAGUUGCCUCUAGUGAACGGUCCUUCUCCACUUUGCGAAGAUUAAAAACUUACUUGCGCAAUCGGACUGGAGAGGAACGGCUGAACGGACUGGCGCUUCUGAACAUUCACAGAGAUGUGAAUGUUACUAGUGAUCAAAUUCUGGAUAUCCUCGCAAAAAGAUCAAUAAGGAUUGACAUCACUUUGUAG